AUGUUGCCCACGGCCAUUGUCCUAUCUCGAGAGGCCGGCACUGGUGUAGUGGGCAGCGGCGUAGUCGGCAGCGGUGUAGUCGGCAGCGGUGUAGUCGGCAGCGGUGUAGUCGGCAGCCCCUCCAUGCUGACCAACGAAACGCCCCUCAGACUGCCCUCAGUCAACAUGACUCCCCAGGCCGCGGUCGGCUCACCCUCUGCGGCCGGCCAGCUCUUCUCUGUGGGCAGUCCUUACAACGCCUCACUUAGCGCUUCCAUGAGCAACUCUCCCAGCGCCGCCUCUGCUGGCGAGGCACAUGGAGUCUCGCCUAGCGCUGCCCUCUCCGCUGCCUACGGCGGCACCUUUGGCCUCUUUAGUCAAGACCCACCGCCGCCCGUACGAAGCACUUCCGUCAGCUCUUCGAAACCGGCUGCGUUUACCGCCCAAAGCGGGGCUGGACUGACACAAGCGGGGACUGGAGUCUUACAGGAUGCAGGUGGAGGUAUGCAAGGUGGAACAAUGCAAGGUGGAGCCAUGCAAGGUGGAACAAUGCAAGGUGGAGCCAUGCAAGGUGGAACAAUGCAAGGUGGAGCCAUGCAAGGUGUAUUAAGACCAAGUUACACCUCGGGAGGUUCAUCGCCGUCGGGCAGCGUUGUAACGAAUGGAGGAGGAGUGUUAUCGGCGAACGGAGGAGUGCUGCUCUGCGCCAACGGAGGUCUGGGGGCCAACGGAGGCAUGGUUCCCAGCGAACGUUUCACGACGGAACGGAUCACGAGUGGCGGCGUAUUCGGAUAUAGCGGCGGUAUGCCUAAUGGUGGCAUGCGCAACGGCAUCCGUAAUGGCAUGCCUAAUGGUGGCAUGGUGAAUGCGUUGGGCGCGACUGGAGUGUUACCGCGGCACAACGCUUUUGGUGAAAUGACGUAUGGGGGAGCCGGACUACCCUUUGGUGCCGCGACGCCGCACAAUUACCCUGGCUUUGCACCCAUGGCUCCCCAGCAUCAGGUAGCACGAUCUCCCGAAGAGCGGAGAGGUAUGCAGCAGAAUGGCUUGGUAUAUGUUACCGACCGAGCUCUGCUGACUAAAGGUCAAAGACUUGUAAACCCGGAACCCAAGACCUUCUGGGAAUGCGAGAUCAGUCGACAACAGGACAUCAGUCGACAACAGGACAUCAGUCGACAGGAUACCAUGCCGGAAACACCCUUGAAAAAUCCACGAGAAGGCGUGAAGUGCCAAAACGGAUUCCUAGACACAAUCCACAGAUGGUUUGUCUAA